AUGCUCUGUGGCUCCGUGGCGCCUGACCGCGACCAGCUCACGUCGCUCAUCUCGGACGAGGUGGAGCGCCAGCUGCGAGAGCGAGGCUCCGUGCUCGAAGCCAUGAGGGAGCAGAUGGCCAAGGUGCUCGCGGAGUUCGAGGAGAUGGCGGCCAACGUCAGCUCCAAGCGCUCGUGGUCCAACAGCGUCGCCAAGACGAAACCCUUCGCGUCGCCCAAGUGGACGACGCCUUUCGACAUCCACCCCGUUGUCACGCCCCUGGACAUCGUCCCGCCGGCCGCUGCGUCGCCUCCACGCUUGCCAAAGAUUGGCGGUGCGCUUCUCAAAAGCAUCCACCAGCUCAAGCGCACUGCUAGUGGAGGGGCGCUCCCACCAGCAGGGCCCCGUAGUCCCGACGGGAAGAUCGUGAUCGACAAGAUACUUCCUCGGGUUGCCAACAUUGAAAAGCGCGUCGAUGGCUCGCAGAUGAUGCUGUCACAGCAGAGAAAACAAAUGUAUGAGCGAGCUCUGGUGCGAUAUCCACAGUGUCGGAGCAAUGUUUUCGCGCCCAGUGUUUUCGAUUGGGAGGAAACGUCGAGCUCGGAUUCGAUUGCUGCGAUCCAGGCACCGCGGGCGACCCUAGAGCUGGACUUUGUGUAUGGAUGCCGAAGUGGAGCGACGGCAUCUCUUUCCAGCAGCCACCCUGCAGCUCCCACCGCUAGCACUAACAACAAUGCUUUCUAUUUAGCAACUGGGGAGAUGUUGUGGCUCACUGCGACUUUGGUGGUUCUCUACAAGAAGGAAACCAACACGCAGAGAUAUUUUCGAGAGCAUACGAACGAAGUUACGAGCGUGACAGUCCAUCCGAAUCAACGCAUUGUGGCAUCGGGACAAGCCGGGCGCUCUGCGUUUCUUCUUGUGUGGAAUGCAAACGAUGAGCCCCUAGGCAAACGAUUCGCGUGCCUCAAGGGUCAUCAAGUCGCGGUUCGCUCGAUCAGCUUUUCUCACGAUGGAAAGCUGAUUGCUUCUCUCGGUGGCGACAUGUACAACACGAUUUGUAUUCACGACUGGAAAUCGCAGGAGCUACUGGUUAGCGCUCGGGGGCACACGUUUCGGGUGAACGCCAUCGCAUUCAAUCCGUUUCAAGCAUAUGGUCGACCCGAAACACAUCGGUCGAAGAAGCCUGGGCAGGCUCUACACGACGACGAUGUUUGUUACACCCUAGUUAGCUGCGGUGUCCGGCAUAUUCGCUUUUGGACACUAACAAAAGCCGAGUACGUGCCUCCGCCAUCGAAAGAAAAUGCUGACAGUGCGUUUUCCCGCUCUACAUUCGGUGGUCCUCCGAGGUUACGCCCUCCGACUCCGACCGAGAAAGUUUGGAAACUGGAGGGCAACGUCCCGUCAUUUCAUGGGCGUUUUGAGGUCCAAGACUUUACCAGUUUGACGUUUGUCAACGAUUCCCCACCUCUCUACUUGUAUGAUGAGCACUCAAAAGAGUUGGUCGCGACAAAUUCCACUGACCACUCGCUAGGCCGGAUCGUGGCAGGAACGGCGAGAGGAGAUCUGUGUUUGUUCAUCCAACCGAGAGCGAGCCCCAGUGUUGACAUUAUUUCUGAGAAGGAUCUUCACAAAGAGCCUGCAAAAUGGUGGGAGAUUCCUGACGAAUACACGGACGCUGAGAUCAACGAGCUCGUGCUGGAGAGGAUCUCCUACGAACCGACUGGGAGACUUGUCGAUGUUGUACCCCAUGACCAAGAAACCGGGAAUCGGUUCAAGCUAUCCAGGCAAGUUCAAGCGGAGAUGGAAGGGAUCUCAAAGCGAAUGGUGCUACGACCUAACUCUACAGCCUUAAAUUCACGCUUGGGAGAGCUGAAAUACAGUGGGCCGCUGGCCCAUCAAGGUGCAGCAUACCAAGUUGCGUACUGCAAAAAGCUUAACGUGCUCAUGUCAUGUGGGAAUGAUGGAAAGCUACUGCUGUGGACAUGCCAAAUGAGUAGGCCCAUUCGAAUUCCUGGAGUAAAUACGCACGGGGUGUUCACACCGCUCACCGGAACGUUUGCAGAAGGCUCACACGCAUUACUGCCUCAUGGCGAUCCUGCAAAAGUGUUCCAGUUGCCGAACGAAACUAGCGCAGCCAAGCCUACUAGUAUCGUGUGGAAAGAGGAUGGCAGUUCUGUGCUAGUUGCCACUAGCACUAGCUGCAUAUGGGAACUAAAUGUUGCAACCGGAGAUUGGCAAUUGCUUUUCGAAGCUCGCAGUUGUGCAAUUGGCGCUUGUGCCGCUCAUCCCAUGAAGCUGGAGGUGGCCACAGUUUCACAAGAUGGAUACCUUUGCUUCUGGGAUCUUCAGCAGCAUAUGUGCACACGCCGAGUGUACCUUGGCACUUUCAUCACCUCUAGUGUCAAAGCUUUUUGCAUGGAGUUCCAUCCUGCGGGGCACGAGCUGACAAUUGGUCUUAGUUCAGGAGAACUACUGGUUGUAGACUGCGACAUACUCAAGGUUUUACUACGGAAGAACAUCAAGUCAACCUCUGGUAGUACUACAAACCUGCAUUUAGGCCUUUUGGGCCCUGGAUUUCGAGCGGUUGCCCAAGUGAAGUAUUGCCCGAAUGCAAAGUUCUUGGCCGUGGGUGUGAAGGAUACGUUCGUGUAUAUCUACGAUGUCGUGAAUGUGUAUAAGAAGCUUCAUGUGUGUGAAGGCCACUCAAGUGCAGUCUUGCAUUUAACGUGGAACAAGAGUGGAGACAUCUUGCAAAGCAAUGCCGCCGAUGGCGAGAUUCUUCAUUGGCUCGUUUCUCCGAACAAGGGCGAAACUAAGCAAAUUACUGAUGCGUUCUUGGUUCGCGACGUGCAAUGGGUUAGGUGGACGUGCGUGUUUGGAUGGUCAACUCCCGGUAUCUGGUCGGAAGAAUCGCCCCACCUUGUGGAUAUCGCAGCAGUAUCGACUACGGGACCAAAAACUAUAAGCGACCCAAGUGAAUCAGGAAGUACUUGGACAACUUCCAGUAGCGAAGAUUUGAUUGCCGUGGCAUGUCGCUCUAGUGUUCACCUACUGAAGUACCCUGCCCACCGUGGGGCUCGGAGGAAGGUGUACAAGGCUCAUUCAUCGGCCAUCGCAGCAUUAGACUUCUCCUUCGAUGACACCUAUUUGGUUACAGUUGGUGGGGAUGACGGAACGAUCAUGCAGUGGAAAGUUGCGUCUGGUGGGGAUACUUCCAUUCGUGGUCGCGCUAAGAAUAACACGAAACACACACCGAGGCUGCAAUUCACGGAGGACGACAGCACUGGGGAACCGUGGCCAAACUCGAUCCCUGUGCCUCCUCCGCACGACGAGAAGCAGCCGUCAAGCCAGCUUUCACCUCGAAAGAAUUCGCGACAGUACCGCGAACGUCAAGUUUAUCAAGAAGCUGGCCUCGGCGCCGAAAGCCUGCACCAAAGCGCGGACAAUGACGAGGUGUCAAACAGCACGCGCCCCGCGAGCUCUUUGGACGAGCUGAGUAGUUCCGCUGGUGCGCGAGUUGAACGUGGAGUUAGCUACCAAAUUCCCGGCGACCCACUGUCUGCACCUGUCCAAGUUCGGGUAACGCACGCCUACGCAGCGGAGAACUCAGACGAGCUGAGUCUAAACCAUGGAGAGAUCCUGCGCGUGCUGUCCAAAGCUGGUGGCGAGUGGUGGCUGGGCGAAACUUGCGAUGGUAUAAAGGGCUACUUCCCUGCUAGUUACGUAGAAGAUAUUGAUCUCGGUACCCCCACUGCCCGUGACGAGGCAACUGAGGAGCAGGCAGCAGAAGGCUAA